AUGGCAGACCGAACUAGUGUCGUGCCUAGACAUGUUGGCCACAACGUGCUUCCGAACACUCCUCUGUUCAGUCGACUUGUUCGGUUUGCCAACCAAACUCCUGCACGCAUAGCCAUCGAAGAUGUUCAUGCCGGGUUGCACAAGACCCAUAUUCAUCUGCUGUCAGAUGUCUUGGCCUUGCGAAACACCCUUCUCAAUACAAUCGAUGACGCAACCCGCAAAGCGCUAGAGAAGAGAGAAGACGUGUACAUGGCCAUCGUUGCGCCAGGCGGUUACGAAUACACCGUGGCAAUGCUGGCGGUACUAGCGCUUGGGGCGGCCGCAGUGCCAAUGACGCCCGCCGUGCCUUUUCGGGUUGUCGAAAUAGGACCGUUCGUCUCAUCCCCCACUCUUAGCGCCGAGGAGGUAAUCAUUUCAUCGGAUCGGGCCUUGGAGGAGAACGCUCCAGCUGUGGUAAUCUUCACAAGUGGCACCACGGGACCACCCAAGGGUGCAGUGAUGCGGAGAUCGUAUGUCUUUGAUUGUGCGCUAUCCAUCGCUGACCACUAUCGCUUGACUGAGGACGACGUCAUACUCCACCUCCUUCCAGUACAUCAUGCCACAGGGGUCGGCAUUAACUUUUUUCCGUUUCUCGUAUCUGGAAGUCGUAUCGAGUUCCGUAGCGGAGGCUUCGAUGAGGCCUGGACGUGGAAGCGUUGGAAGGAGGGGGCAGCCCACCCCCCAAGGCGACUUACGUUCUUUUCGGCCGUUCCAACCAUCUGGAUGCGGCUUAGACGAUUCUAUCAAACUCACCUGCGUAAGCUACCUGCACAUGAACUAGCUCCAUAUGUUGCUGGCGCACGGCAAUUCCGCGCCUGUUUAUGUGGAACGUCGGCGUUACCUCAGCCGCUGAACGACUUUUGGUCAGACCUCUUGCAGCAGAACAUCCUGCAAAGAUAUGGGGCAACUGAAUUUGGUGCUAUCUUGAAGAUGCGCCUUGGAGAUAAAGACACGCCCAAAGGUUCUGUCGGUGAACUUGUAAGCGGUGUAGAUGUGAAGCUGUCCGAGGGAAAUGAAGGAGAGAUACUCGUCAAGAGCCCGCAUAUGUUUAUGAAAUAUCUAAAUGAUCCGGAAGGCACAAACACCGCCCAUGAUGAAGAUGGGUACUUCCGAACCGGUGAUCUUGCACGAAGGGAAGGGAAGUAUUAUUUCAUCCUCGGUCGAGCGUCCCUGGACAUCAUCAAGUCGGGAGGGUACAAAAUAUCAGCUCUUGAUGUUGAAAGAGAGUUGUUGGGCUUGCCAUACGUCGCCGAAGCCAUGGUUGUCGGCGUUGCAGAUGAUGAGUUCGGGCAACGUGUGGCAGCCCUACUCUCGUUACAAGAGGAAGAUGUAGCAACAGAUUUUCCAGACAAGCGGCUCAACUCAAGCGACACACUAACUAUUCAUAAACUACGGCGGGAUCUCCGUGGAAGACUUGCCGGGUACAAGCUGCCGACACUCUUGCGAAUUGCAAACGGUGAGUUGCCAAAGACUGUCACGGGAAAAGUUCAAAAGAAGACCCUUGGUCCGGAGUUCUUCCCAAAAACAUGGUACAGCUGCCCAGGCAUACAGAAAUGGGUGUCAGAUACCGGAAGACAGUUAGCGAAGUUGUGA